AAGAACACAGCCAAAUUCUCAGUUAUAAACCUGUCCAAACAGAGAUUCAUACAUUUCUGUGUCCAAACCUCUACACUUUUCUAGUGAGAAGUUUCUUCAUCAACGUGCUUGUUGGUUGGAUGGAGGAGCCGCGCGCAUAGUUUCAUGGUGGAGGCCUCAAGUGAUGGAACAGAAGCACAUAUUGUUGUCUGCCUUGAUCGUUGGGGUGGGCGUCUCGGUUGGCCUUGGUUUGGCUUCUGGACAGACAGUGUGUCGAUGGACGGGGCUGAAACUCUGGCCGGACGCAAUUACAGAAGAGCAGAUUGAGCAUGAGCUACGGCGACAGGUCAUGGAUGGAAGGGAAAGCAAGAUCACCUUCGACAAGUUUCCUUAUUUCCUCAGUAAGCAGACAAGAGUGUUACUGACAAGUGCUGCACAUUUCCAUCUAAGGCAGUCUGACUUUUCUAAGCACACCCGAAACCUUACGCCUGCAAGCAGAGCUAUUUUGCUCUCAGGACCUGCUGAACUGUACCAGCAAACACUCGCCAAAGCUCUAGCUCAUUUCUUCCAAGCAAAGUUGCUGCUGUUGGACCUUAAUGACUUUUCUCUGAAGAUGCAGAGCAAAUAUGGAAGCCCCAAAAGAGAAUCUUCUUCCAAGAAGUCCAUCUCAGAGGUGACACUGGGGCCGAUGUCUGGUUUUCUUGGCUCUUUCUCAAUCUUUCCCCAGAGUGAAGAAGAAGAAACCAAAGCUCGGGUCAGGACUUCUAAUGCCGGCACAUUGUCUAGGCAAAGCAGUGGUGCCCAUGUUAAAUCAAGAUGUAUGAAUCCCCCAAAGCAUGGUAGGAAUGCUUCUACUCCAUCUAAUACAAAGAACACUGUUGUUUCUCAACGUGUUACUACAAGUCCAGCUCAUUUCAAGCGCACAAGCAACUGGGCUUUUGAUGAGAAGCAUCUAUUGCAGUCACUUUACAAGGUCUUGGAUUCAGUAUCAGAAACAUGUCCCAUUAUUUUAUACCUCAGGGAUGUCGAGAAGCUUCUUCUCCAAUCAGAAAGAUUAUACAAAUUGUUCCAGAAAAUGUUGGGUAGAUUAUCAGGAUCAGUUCUGAUACUUGGUUCCCGCAUGCUAGACCCUGAUGAUGAGGACGAAGAAAUGGAUGAAAGGGUGAGUCUCUUAUUCCCUUACAAUAUUGAAAUCAAGGAGCCCGAGGAUGAGACUUGUCUUGAUAUCUGGGAAGCCCAACUGGAAAAGGAGAGAGAGAUGAUCCAGUUUCAGGAAAAUAAAAAUCAUAUUGCUGAGGUGCUUGCAGCAAAUGAUCUUGGCUGUGAUAAUUUGGGUUCAAUCUGCCAUGCAGACUCCAUGAUUCUAAGUGAUCACAUAGAAGAGAUUGUAAUAUCUGCACUAUCUUAUCAUUUGAUGCAUAACAAAAAUCCAGAAUACCGAAAUGGAAAGCUUGUCAUAUCUUCCAAGAGUUUGUCCCAUGGAUUGAGUAUAUUCAAGGAAGACACACGAAAGACAAAUGCUGAAUCUUCUAAGUUGGUUCCACCUUACAAUGAAUUUGAGAGGCGUAUAAGGCCAGAGGUUAUCCCAGCAAAUCAGAUAGGAGUGGCAUUUGAGGACAUUGGUGCCUUGGAUGACAUUAAAGAAUCUCUUCAGGAGCUGGUUAUGCUCCCUCUUCAGAGGCCAGACCUCUUCAAGGGUGGGCUUCUGAAGCCUUGCAGGGGGAUAUUACUCUUCGGACCUCCUGGUAAUGGAAAAACUAUGCUGGCAAAGGCCAUUGCCAAUGAAGCUGGAGCACGCUUCAUCAAUGUCUCAAUGUCCACCGUCACUUCAAAAUGGUUUGGUGAAGUUGAGAAGAAUGUUCGAGCUCUGUUCACACUCGCAGCAAAGAUCUCCCCAACUAUUAUUUUUGUGGAUGAGGCUGAUAGCUUGCUUGGGCAGCGGACCGAAGUUGGAGAGCAUUAUGCUAUGCGACAGAUUAAGAAUGAGUUCAUGACACAUUGGGAUGGACUACUGACAAAAGCUGGUGAACGGGUCCUCGUUCUUGCUGCAACCAACAGGCCAUUUGACCUUGAUGAGGCGAUUAUCAGGCGGUUUGAGCACAGAAUUAUGGUUGGUCUACCAUCUGUGGAGAGCAGGGAGAUGAUAUUGAAGACUCUCUUGGCAAAAGAAAAAGCAGAGGAUCUUGACUUUAAGGAGCUUGCAACCAUGACAGAAGGUUAUACUGGAAGUGAUCUUAAGAAUUUGUGCAUGACAGCAGCUUAUCGUCCUGUAAAGGAGCUACUACAACAAGAGAGAUUGAAGGAGGAUAAGAAAAAGAAGCAGAAAGCUGAUGAAGGGAAAAGCUCAGAGGAUGCUUCGGGUACCAAUGAAGAAGCCAAAGGGGAAAAGGUAAUUGUUAAGAGGCCCUUAAACAUGGAAGACAUGAAGCAGGCAAAGAAUCGGGUUGCUGCUAGUUUUGCUUCUGAUGAAGCAGUAAUGAACAAGCUGAAGCAGUGGAAUGAAUUGUAUGGAGAUGGCGGUUCAAGGAAGAAGAAACAACUGGCCUACUUCCUAUAGGCCACAUCCUAUACACACAUCAGCAGCAGCAAUACUAUUCUCUGUGAGAAGGAAUGAGAGUUUGGGAAGCCAGAAAGCCCUUCACCUGAAACCAGCUGGUUAUGGGCAUGCAACAUUGAAUUGAAAGCUGUAGAGUGAGAUGGACAAACAAAUCUGGAAAACCCUGAGAAGCUUGAAUGGGGUUGGUUUAGUUUAUCCUUCAUAUUGGUUCCUUUGGCUUUAGUAUAUCCUCAGUUGUCAGUAUUUAUUAAGAAGCCAUUCUACAGAAUACAAAACAAACUGCCACCAGUUUCUGGUUAUUUGUUAGUAAUGUUUAUGUAAAUGUGUGCUACUUGGAGAUCUCUAUCCAUUUGCAGAUAGUGCUGGAAAUUAAGGCCUUUGAAAAA